CCGGGGAGGAAGUGGGGCGGGGCUGCGAGUGGGGCUCAAUGGCGGCGCUCGGGGCCCGGCUGCGCUUCUCGCUGUGACGGGCCAGUGGCCGCGGGCUGGCUGUUCCACAAUGGAUGGGGGAGAUGGCACUGCUGACCUUGUCAUUAACAAGAGGUUUGUGUCUGAAUCGGAGCUAGAGGAGCGGCGAAAGAGAAGGCAAGAAGAAUGGGAAAAGGUCCGAAAACCUGAGGAUCCCAAAGAAUGCCCAGAGGAGGCAUAUGAUCCACGUUCACUGUAUGAAAGACUUCAGGAGCAGAGAGAAAAGAAGCAGCAGGAGUUUGAGGAGCAAUUUAAAUUCAAAAAUAUGGUAAGAGGCUUAGACGAAGAUGAGACACAUUUCCUUGAUGAGGUUUCUCGACAGCAAGAGCUACUAGAAAAGCAACGAAGAGAAGAAGAGCUGAAAGAACUAAAUGAGUAUAGAAGCACUCUCACCAAAGUGGGUGUCAGUAUGGACCCAAAGAAGGAAACUGAGAAGAAAUUGCCCAUGAAGUCAGUGGAAAACAAGAACAAAUUCUCUCAGGCAAAGCUGUUGGCAGGAGCUGUGAAACACAGAAGUUCAGAUGGUGGUAACAGUAUGAAGAGGUUAAAACUAGAUACUGAUCAUGACGAGAAGAAUCAAGACAAACCAUCCUCUGUUCCCUUGGGGAGCAGCUCGGUGGGAGGCUCCACAGUCCACUGUCCCUCAGCAGCCGUCUGCAUUGGGAUCCUGCCUGGCCUCGGUGCCUACUCAGGAAGCAGUGAUUCGGAGUCCAGCUCGGAUAGCGAAGGCACUAUUAAUUCCACUGGAAAGAUCGUCUCUUCUGUCUUUCGUAGCAACAAUUUCUUUGAUGGCCCAUAAGGAAAUCCCUCCAUGUGUAAUGUAGUGCAGAGUAUCUUCCAAAGCCCUUAUGGAUGCUUGAUGCAUCCUUCUGCCCUGAAUACAAUCUUUCUAAAUAACUUCUCAACUUUAGUACAUUCAGAUACUCCUAAAGUAACUCAUUAUUUUUACCUCCCCCGCUGCAACUUCCCCUUUCUAGGGUGCACACUGAGCCUGGAGGAAGGCUGCCGUCCUAAACCAGAAGGCACUCCUAGUAAUGUAAUGAAGAUCUGAGCGUAGAGAGGAGAGAGCUUUAUCUUUUAAAAUUUGUAUGGAAAGAAAGAAUUCUGGUGAUCAGAGAAGUUUAUACAAGACUAACAGGCAAAAAAAUACUCACUUGAAGCACUGAAGUCUUGUUGAAAGAGCCAUGUGUUCCGUUUUAAAAUGUCAUUUUUAUUCUGUAUUUGAGAAAUGAGGGCAGGAUAAAAAUUGAGCAGAUGGUGAAGUGUAGAUUGCCAUGACACUGUAAAGAAGUUUUAGUGUUACAUGAUUAAAGACAUUCUGAAUGCAUUUUUUUUCAUCUUAGCUUGUGCCAUUCAUAAUUGUUCCCUUUCCAUUAAGCAAUUUCUGCUCUGCCCAACCAGCCUCUUCCUCAAACCACCAUCCAGAAGUAGAAGCCAGCCUCCUACAAAUGCAGAGACGGUGGUGGAAAACUCUUGUUCCGAGUAAGUUCAGAGAGGAGCUGCAGUUGGAUGCUCUGCUCAAAGACUGCUGCUACUGCACUGGCACUUGACAAGUCGCUCAGCUUUUGUGCAGCGAUGCGCUGAAGAGCAUGAAUCCAGAGUGGGUGGGAUAGCUCGCUUCAUUCAGGCCUCGGUGCAGAAGCUGGGGAACUCCACCAUCCUUUGCUGUCGGUCGGUAUUGAAGUUGUAUUGGAUUCAAGAAACUUUACAUGGGCUGUUUGUAGGUAGCUGGACCAGAGAGCCAGGCAUGAGCAAGAAAUAGGCUGUGAAAGCUGAGGGUCCAUCCUUUUCACCUCUGUGUGCCAAGAGCAUCAGUGGGUUGGAACAGCUCAGCUCAACCUCUCGGAGGUGGAAGUGUCUUUGUGAGAGCCUCCCUCACAGCAGUCCCGCUGUAUGUGCUGCGCUGAAGUGUAUGCGCUUCUGAGGAAACAGCUGAUGGGUGUGCACCAAAGGGCAGUUAUCCGAUUGUGAUGCUAAGCAGCUUGUAAGUGCAGCUGAGAGAAAAGCAGUGAAAACAGAAGGCCUUUAAGCAGGAUUCAUGCCUUAGCUUGAGUGUUGAACUUUCCCGAAGGAACCGUGGAGUUAUGCUCUUGCUGAAGCUAUCCUUGGCCAAAUACCCUUUCUGUUUGCACAACGCUGUUCCGCAAUCAGAUCUUUACAAGCACACUAAUUCCUCCACUGUUCUUCUGGGCUGCCUGGGACCUCUUGUGUUUGCUCCAGAGUUGCUUCUGCUUCUUAUCCAGAUAACUGUAAUUAAGGCUCAUUCAGGUGGAAAACAGCUAGAUUUCUUGCAGCCUCCAUAGUGCUUUGCUUUUGAUGGCUUUCAUCAUGCUUAGUUAUGGAGUGAAAUGGAAGUGGUAUACAAAAAAAUGCCUGUUUUUCUUCACAGUUGCAUUUGCAAGAGCAAAAGAGAGAGAUGUGGGUGUCCUUCCUUGGCAUUCAGCUAGAUCAGUAAUCUCUGUAGAGUCAAUACAGCCUGGUGUGGCUGUGAGCACGCUGGGGCCAUUUCCCAAGUGAUAUUUUGCAUAACUGCAGUCCAAAUGGCUGAUUUAGACAGACAUUUAUGGUGGGAUUUGGCAGGCAGCUGUUGGCAGUUGUGGUGGUGGUUCAUGGGGGCUAGAGGUGAGACCAGGAGGGUGAUGGUUGUUAUGUUGGAUCAUGCAAGGCCAUGAGGAGACAUAAUUCAGCAAAAGCAGGUGUGAGAGCCCCCUACUUUCCUCUUGUUCCCAGAAGAGCAGGAAUAGGGCACUUGGGGAGCACCUUUAGUUCACACAAGCCCUUUAGUCUGAGUCACCUCUGCUGUUUCUGUCUGGGCCUGUGUAAACAAACUGCAGAGCUGUCCCAGGUUGUCACACCAUCCCUUGGUCCCGUUUACGUUCUUACACUCAGAAGCACCUGAUGUUAACAUAUCGAAGUGCACUGAGAGAGAUGCUGGGUCAUGAAGAGGAUAAAGCUGAAGAU